AAACCGAAAGGCCCAAGACCAAUGCAACUUACUGCUGCGGAGCUGCGUUACGGCUCAUAAGUGGUGACUCUCCACAGACGAAGAGGACGAAGAGGCGAAAAGCGGGUCGCUAAGAAGGAUAGAAAGUGCAAAUCAGCUGAUAUCGUUGUGGAACCCUUAGGGCCUCAACCUCCAAGAGCAUAGAACUAUAAAGGUGUGAAAUAUACAUUUCUCAAAUGGCAAACAUUCCGACUCCUGACACAGAUGAUGAUUUUGAUGACAUUUACAAGGAAUAUACUGGUCCACCUGUAUCAACUGCCACCGCUGCACAAGAGAAAGCAAAAGGAAACAAAAGGUCACAUGCAAGUUCUGAUGACGAAGAGGAGCAUCGUGAUCCAAACGCUGUCCCAACUGAUUUUACCAGCCGAGAGGCUAAGGUAUGGGAAGCUAAAUCAAAGGCUACAGAGAGGAACUGGAAGAAACGGAAGGAAGAAGAAAUGAUCUGCAAAAUAUGUGGAGAAUCAGGUCACUUUACUCAGGGUUGCCCUACCACUCUUGGAGCCAAUAGCAAGUCUCAAGAUUUCUUUGAGAGGGUGCCCGCUAGAGAAAAACAUGUAAAGGCACUUUUCACCGAGAGUGUGAUCCAGAAGAUUGAAAAGGAUAUUGGAUGCAAAAUUAAAAUGGAGGAGAAGUUUAUCAUUGUUAGUGGUAAAGAUAGACUAUGCUUGGCAAAAGGUGUGGAUGCUGUGCACAAAGUGAAAAAUGAGGAGGGUAAGAGAAAGGGUUCUUCUAGUUCUCAAAGAAACAGAUCCAGGUCGCCUGAGGAAAGCCCUGUUGGCUCACGGAUGGGGCGUUCGGACUCACAAAAGCCUUUUCCUAGUCUCCGUAAUACAGUGCAGUCACAACACAAGUUUGGUAGACAGGAAAAGGUUAUGGAGGACCGUAUUCGUGGAGAUCUGAAAGAGUUGUCAAGGGGCUCACCACAAGCAAGAGCUUACGGUAAUGAUAGAGCUAGAAGCCGUUCAAGCCACUCAAAAUCUCCAGGACGCUCUGCAAUUGCCACUGAUGCAUUUAAUUCAUAUGAUGGUCAUAACCAGAGCAUGGGGGUCCAUAGAACUGAUGGAUGGGAUUCUGAGAGGCAUCGGCCUGACAUGCAUUCUGGCCAUAAGUUUGAAUACUCUGCCAAUCCUCAGACAUUGGAAGAAUUAGAAUUGGAAUAUAAGAGGGAGGCAAUGGAACUCGGAAGAAUUCGUGACAAGGAAGAAGAUGAAGAGAAUUACAAGCAUCGCGAGGCAAUAAGGGAAAUGCGAGAGAACUACAUGAAGAAACUGGCUACCAUAAGGGGAAUGCAUACAAAGCAGUGGGAGGAGUUUCUUCAACUUGAUAUCCAAAGGCAACAAAGGGCACGCCAGCAUAUGUCCGCUUCGGGUUUUGGUGGUUACAACCGUCCCAAUUACUCUGACUAUGACCGUUCAUCAAGCAAUCCUCCCUUUGCUGGGGCUAAUUUACCUAUGGAUUCAAGGGGCGGGUACCCAUAUCCAGGUGAAAAUUAUCCUACUUCGAGGCCUCAUGAUGGCUAUGGCGAGUUCCAGCGGCAAAGACAUGAGGAUUUUGGGAAAACAUACAACAGAUACUAAAUCAGAAUGGCAGUUCUUCAUUCAGCUUAAACAUUCAUUACG